AUGGUUCAUGGUUCCCAGUUGUUCCAUGCGUUGUGCAGUUGGAACUCUCGAAUGCUGAUUGCGGUCAUGUUAUAAGUGAUAACCAGCUGUUAGCCGACAAACGUCGCAAUUGCGAUCGUCCACGGUUUGUGACUCGAUCGCGCUUAUUCGAAAGUACAUAUGGAAGUACGCAAGUAAUCUUUUAUCGCUGCUAAAUUCCAUGUUAUAUGUGAAACAUGUCGCGACAUCGAGACGUCCGCUCUAUGAAUUACUCCGACGAGUACGAUGGUUAUGAUGAUGUUUAUGGACAUUCAGUAGAGGACGAUUAUUGUGUGUCACCUAGUGUGGAGCAGUUUUUAUUCGAUCGAAGCAAACAACAGAAUAUUGCUUCGUUCAUCACAGAACCAGAUAUAGUGGAGGACAAUGAAGAUAUCGAUGAGCCUUCACUAGCAACCAAUGAAGAGAAACAUAACCUUUCGGAAUUGGAAAGGGCAAAGUUAAUAUCUUGUUUGGAAACAAUUAGAAAUGUUAUAGGGGAGACAGUAUCUGAUUCUAAAUUAAAGGAGAAGAUUAUUCUGUCAAAUUUUGAUGCAAACACAGCACUUGACGCUAUUUUGAAGGAGUCGUCGCCGAAAAAAGACACUGAUCCAGUGGGGAAUAAGAAACAAUUGGAGAGGCAUCCAGGUAGCAAAUCAUCAUCAAAACCUGCGUUGCAAGUUACAACACCGUCUACCGUAAAGGUCGUACCGACUGGGACAAAACCUGUUGUGAAAGGUUUUGAUUUAAGUGGUGUAGAAAAUACAGAUUUACUGAGUCCACGUUGUGGAAGUCCGUCUUCCAACCGAAAUAGUCCUGAGAUCAAACGCAAAGAAGAUAUCGUACAAAAGGAGAAAAGAGCAAUCUCAUCCAAAACAAAUAGUCCAAGAUGUCAGUCACCAGUAUCAGGCCAUGUAACACCGGAAUUAGAUUCCAAAGUAAAAUCUAAUACAUCUGAGGAUAAAGCGGAUAUCGAAGCGAUAUACAAGAGUAAAAGAGGCGACAGCAAAGAACAGCUUCACUUGGUGGUUGUGGGACACGUUGACGCUGGAAAAAGCACAUUGCUUGGACGACUGCUCUGUGAUUUGGGUCAAGUGUCACAGAGACUUAUCCAUAAAUAUCAACAAGAAAGCAAGAAGAUAGGAAAGCAGUCGUUUGCUUAUGCUUGGGUACUCGAUGAGACUGGUGAAGAAAGAGAGCGAGGAAUAACAAUGGACAUAGGCCACUCCAAGUUUGAAACAGACACAAAAUCUAUCACUCUCCUAGAUGCACCUGGCCACAAGGAUUUUAUUCCGAAUAUGAUAACCGGCGCUACGCAAGCAGAUGUAGCUUUAUUGGUAGUCGAUGCAACCAGAGGCGAGUUUGAAACUGGAUUUGAUAGUGGAGGUCAGACGCGCGAACAUGCCCUGUUAUUACGAUCUUUAGGAGUAUCGCAAUUAGCGGUAGUUGUCAAUAAACUAGAUACUGUAAAUUGGUCUAAAGACAGAUUCAAUGAGAUAGUAGACAAAAUGAGUGUAUUCCUGAAGCAAGCUGGCUUCAAAGAUACUGUCACUUUUGUACCUUGUAGCGGUUUAUCUGGAGAGAACAUUGUAACGAAACCAAAGGAGCAGCUCUCUAAUUGGUAUACCGGACCUACUCUAGUCAAUGUUAUCGAUAAUUUCAAAUGCCCAGAGCGACCUAUAAAUAAACCAUUCCGUUUUUCGGUAAACGAUAUAUUUAAAGGUACUGGAUCUGGAUUCUGUGUAUCUGGUCACGUUGAAACUGGUAUGGUAUCCUUGGGUGAUAAAGUUUUAAUACUACCUCAAAAUGAGAUUGCAGUUGUUAAAGGUCUCCAGUCGGACGAAGUUUCGAUGACAAACGCGUUCGCCGGUGAUCACGUCGCGUUGACAUUAGCGGGAAUCGAGCAGCAAAAUGUGGGUAUCGGCGACAUUAUUUGUAAUCCGCAAAAUCCGGUACCCGUAACGACCUGUUUUCAAGCGCACGUUGUUAUAUUCGCGAUAGCGAAACCGAUCACGAAAGGGCUUCCAGUUGUGAUGCAUCAGCAAUCUUUGGUACAGCCGGCGGUUAUCACGAAAUUAAUAGCGCAACUUCAUCGAAGUACUGGUGACGUGAUCAAGAAGAAGCCGCGUUGCUUACCGAAGAAUUCUAGUGCGAUUAUUGAGGUCGUAACGCAGACACCAGUCUGUAUGGAAUUGUAUAAGGAUAUUAAACAGCUAGGUAGAGCUAUGUUACGUUUAGAAGGUACCACCAUCGCAGCUGGUUUGAUUACAAAGAUUUUGUAAUUCUGAUGAGAUAUAAAUAGAAUCUCGAGUAACGUAGUUUGUA